GUUAACUGCUGACAGUGAGCCAUACCACCUAAAAGGCUCCCUUGGUAGCCGUAAAGAUUGAAAGGACAAAUGGACAGUGUUGAGAGCUCUGUGGAAGAGGAGACCUGAGAGACGGUGAUCAUCAUGGCCCCUUGGGAUUUGCAAAGAGGAAUGACUAGAACUGGGCCAUUCACUGCAGCCAGGUCAAAGGUCAGGUCAGGAAUGUGGACAAUGCUGGUGACUCCAGUUGCUUCCAAGAUCCGGUACUUACAGGAAUAUCAUAACCGGGUUCUUCACAACAUUUAUCCUGUACCUUCAGGGACAGAUAUUGCAAACACCCUGAAAUACUUUUCUCAGACCUUGUUAAGCAUUUUGUCCCGCACAGGGAAGAAGGAAAACCAAGAUGCCUCCAAUUUGACAGUGCCCAUGACCAUGUGUCUUUUUCCUGUGCCAUUCCCACUCACCCCAUCUCUAAGACCGCAGGUCAGUUCCAUCAACCCUACUGUUACUCGCUCCCUCCUUUACAGCGUCCUGCGAGAUGCUCCCUCUGAACGCGGCCUGCAAAGUCGUGAUGCUCACUUGUCAGACUACCCUUCUUUGGACUAUCAAGGCCUCUACGUGACUUUGGUGACUCUCCUGGAUCUAGUUCCUUUACUACAGCAUGGCCAACACGAUCUUGGACAGUCGAUAUUUUAUACAACUACAUGUUUGCUACCCUUUCUCAGUGAUGAUAUUCUGAGUACUUUGCCCUACACGAUGAUAUCAACGUUAGCUACCUUUCCUCCAUUUCUGCACAAGGAUAUUAUUGAAUAUCUUAGCACAUCUUUUCUACCAAUGGCUAUAUUGGGUUCCUCAAGGAGAGAAGGCGUUCCUGCCCACGUUAAUCUGUCUGCAUCAUCCAUGCUAAUGAUUGCAAUGCAAUACACAUCCAACCCAGUGUAUCAUUGUCAAUUAUUGGAAUGCCUCAUGAAAUAUAAGCAAGAAGUCUGGAAAGACCUUUUGUAUGUGAUAGCCUAUGGGCCUUCACAGGUGAAACCUCCAGCUGUGCAAAUGCUGUUCCAUUACUGGCCCAAUUUAAAGCCUCCUGGGGCAAUAAGUGAAUACAGGGGCUUGCAGUACACAGCUUGGAAUCCCAUCCACUGCCAGCACAUUGAAUGCCACAACGCAAUUAACAAGCCAGCUGUGAAGAUGUGUAUAGACCCUUCCCUGUCGGUAGCUCUGGGGGAUAAACCACCCCCAUUGUAUCUCUGUGAAGAGUGCAGCCAGAGGAUUGCAGGGGACCACAGUGAAUGGUUGAUUGAUGUUCUUCUGCCACAAGCUGAAAUAUCUGCUAUAUGUCAGAAGAAGAACUGCAGUUCUCACGUCAGAAGAGCAGUGGUCACCUGCUUUUCAGCGGGGUGCUGCGGCCGUCACGGAAACCGGCCUGUUCGGUACUGCAAAAGAUGCCACUCGAAUCAUCACAGCAACGAAGUGGGGGCUGCCUCGGAGACCCACCUCUAUCAGACCUCCCCGCCGCCCAUCAACACUCGGGAAUGUGGCGCCGAGGAGCUGGUCUGCGCCGUGGAGGCCGUGAUCAGCUUGUUGAAAGAAGCUGAGUUCCAUGCUGAGCAGCGAGAAUAUGAACUGAACCGCCGGCGGCAGCUGGGCCUUUCCUCUUCCCACCAUUCCCUGGAUAACACUGACUUUGACAACAAGGACGAUGAUAAACACGACCAGCGGCUACUCAGUCAAUUCGGAAUAUGGUUUUUAGUGAGCCUCUGCACGCCCAGUGAGAACACACCCACGGAAAGCUUGGCCAGGCUGGUGGCCAUGGUGUUUCAGUGGUUUCACUCCACAGCAUAUAUGAUGGAUGAUGAAGUCGGGAGUUUGGUGGAAAAACUGAAGCCUCAGUUUGUCACCAAGUGGUUGAAGACAGUAUGUGAUGUUCGCUUUGAUGUCAUGGUCAUGUGCCUUCUUCCCAAACCAAUGGAAUUCGCCAGGGUUGGUGGAUACUGGGAUAAAUCCUGCAGCACAGUGACUCAGUUGAAGGAAGGUCUGAACCGAAUCCUCUGCCUGAUCCCCUACAAUGUGAUCAGUCAGUCUGUGUGGGAGUGUAUCAUGCCGGAGUGGCUGGAAGCCAUCAGAACAGAAGUUCCAGAUAAUCAGUUAAAAGAAUUCAGGGAAGUAUUAAGCAAAAUGUUUGACAUUGAGCUCUGUCCUCUACCUUUUUCAUUGGAAGAAAUGUUUGGCUUUAUUAGUUGUCGCUUCACAGGAUACCCUUCCUCUGUGCAGGAACAAGCUUUACUUUGGCUUCAUGUCUUAUCGGAGUUAGACAUCAUGGUUCCACUUCAACUAUUGAUAAGUAUGUUUUCCGAUGGAGUUAAUUCUGUUAAAGAACUGGCAAAUCAAAGAAAAUCAAGAGUCAGUGAACUAGGGAACCUUGCAGCUCGAAGGGUGAGUGUUGCCUCUGAUCCUGGCCGGCGAGUUCAGCACAAUAUGCUGAGUCCAUUUCAUAGUCCUUUCCAGAGUCCAUUUCGGAGUCCUAUGCGUAGUCCAUUUCGUAGCCCUUUCAAGAAUUUUGGACACCCAGGAGGAAGGACUAUUGACUUUGAUUGUGAAGAUGAUGAAAUGAAUCUAAAUUGUUUCAUCCUCAUGUUUGAUCUUCUCCUGAAGCAGGAGCCCACAGACAGCCUUGAGGAUAGCCUCCUUUCUUCCAGACCAGAGUUUAUUAUAGGCCCCGAAGGUGAGGAGGAAGAGAAUCCAGCAACCAAGCAUGGGGAGAACCCAGGCGAUUGCACCGAGCCCAUGGAACAUGCUGCAAUAAAGAAUGACACUGAGAGAAAGUUUUGCUACCAACAGCUUCCAGUAACUUUGAGACUAAUAUACACCAUUUUCCAGGAAAUGGCAAAGUUUGAAGAGCCAGACAUUCUUUUUAAUAUGCUCAGUUGCCUGAAGAUUCUCUGUCUACAUGGGGAGUGUUUAUACAUUGCUAGAAAAGACCACCCUCAGUUUUUAGCCCACAUUCAGGAUCACAUGUUGAUUGCAAGCCUGUGGAGAGUCGUCAAAUCUGAGUUCUCCCAGUUAUCUUCAUUGGCAGUUCCUCUGCUUCUCCAUGCUUUGUCACUUCCUCAUGGUGCUGACAUCUUCUGGACAAUCAUAAAUGGCAAUUUCAACAGCAAAGACUGGAAGAUGAGGUUUGAAGCAGUGGAAAAAGUGGCUGUAAUUUGUAGAUUUUUGGAUAUUCAUUCAGUGACCAAAAACCACCUGCUGAAAUACUCCCUGGCACAUGCCUUCUGCUGCUUUCUGACAGCUGUGGAGGACGUCAACCCAGCAGUGGCUACCAGGGCUGGUCUCCUGCUUGACACCAUCAAGAGGCCAGCAUUGCAGGGUCUGUGUCUCUGUCUUGAUUUCCAGUUCGAUACUGUGGUUAAAGAUAGACCCACAAUACUGAGCAAACUUUUACUCCUGCAUUUUCUUAAGCAAGAUAUUCCUGCCUUGAGCUGGGAGUUCUUUGUCAACAGAUUUGAGACACUUUCUUUGGAAGCUCAGCUACAUUUGGAUUGUAACAAAGAAUUUCCUUUUCCUACAACUAUCACUGCUGUAAGGACCAAUGUCGCUAACCUCAGUGACGCAGCGUUGUGGAAGAUCAAGAGGGCUCGUUUCGCGAGGAACCGCCAGAAGAGCGUGCGCUCUCUGAGAGACAGCGUGAAGGGGCCCGUGGAAUCCAAGAGGGCACUCUCCCUCCCCGAGACCUUAACCUCCAAAAUUCGACAACAAUCUCCUGAGAAUGACAACACCAUCAAGGACCUGCUCCCAGAAGAUGCUGGGAUCGACCACCAGACUGUUCACCAGCUGAUUACAGUCCUCAUGAAGUUCAUGGCCAAGGACGAGAGCAGCGCUGAGUCAGACAUCAGCAGCGCCAAGGCCUUCAACACGGUCAAGCGGCACCUGUACGUCUUACUCGGUUAUGACCAACAGGAGGGUUGCUUCAUGAUUGCACCUCAAAAAAUGCGCCUGUCAACUUGCUUUAAUGCAUUUAUUGCAGGAAUUGCCCAAGUUAUGGACUAUAACAUUAACUUGGGAAAACACCUUCUCCCCUUGGUGGUUCAGGUGCUCAAAUACUGCUCUUGUCCUCAACUACGGCAUUAUUUCCAACAGCCACCUCGUUGCUCCCUCUGGUCCCUAAAACCUCACAUCCGGCAGAUGUGGUUAAAGGCCUUGCUUGUCAUCCUUUACAAGUAUCCAUAUCGAGACUGUGAUAUCAGCAAGGUCCUGCUGCAUCUGAUUCACAUAACAGUCAAUACACUCAAUGCACAGUAUCAUAGCUGCAAGCCCCAUGCCACGGCAGGACCUUUGUACAGUGACAACAGUAACAUAAGCAGAUACAGCGAAAAAGAAAAAGAAGAAGAUAGUGUUUUUGAUGAAUCUGAUAUUCAUGAUACACCUACUGGACCCUGCAAUAAAGAGUCUCAAACUUUUUUUGCAAGAUUGAAAAGGAUAGGCGGCAGCAAAAUGGUGAAAUAUCAGCCGGUUGAGAUGAAUGUUCAGAGAAGUGAAAUAGAACUGGCCGAAUAUAGAGAAACGGGUGCAUUACAAGACAGCAUUCUACACUGUGUGAGAGAAGAAAGCAUUCAGAAAAAAAAGCUGCGCUCUUUAAAACAAAAAUCUCUUGAUAUAGGGAAUGCAGACUCCCUCUUGUUUACAUUAGACGAGCACCGGAGGAAGUCCUGCAUAGACCGGUGUGACCUAGAUAAGCCUCCCGCCCAUGCUGCUUAUGUCAUGCAGAGACAUGACCACGGACGUCCCAGACAGAAUUCUGCUACAAGGCCUGACGACCCCGAAGGCCCCGAGAACCCAGCAACGGAAAGUUUCCAGGAAACCCGCAGGCCUGUGAUACCAGAAGUCAGGUUAAACUGCAUGGAGACGUUUGAGGUCAAAGUGGAUUCUCCUCUCAAGCCUGCUCCUAAAGAGGAUUUAGACCUGAUAGAUUUGUCCUCUGACUCUACAUCCGGGCCCGAAAAGCGCUCGGUGCUCUCCACGUCCGACAGCGACUCUCUUGUGUUCGAGCCUCUCCCCCCUCUCCGCAUAGUAGAGAGUGACGAGGAAGAGGAGACCAUGGACCAGGGAAAUGAUGGUGCCUCUAGUAAAAACCCUGCCCCCUCCCCUGCCCUCCCCAGCCCCCCCUCCGUCUUCAGCCUCAGCACAACUCCCCUUGUGCAAGUAAGCGUGGAGGAUUGUUCCAAAGACUUCUCUUCCAAGGACUCAGGAAACAACCACUCAGCAGGUGCCACAGAUUCUGCCCGCGUCGCUCUGGGAGACCCCGCGGACUCUGAAGACCGUUCGAAGCCGCAGGAGUCACAGGACUUUGCCUGUGGUAGCCCACUCACGCUUAAACAAAAGCGAGACCUCCUCCAGAAGUCCUAUGCCCUCCCUGAGGUGUCACUGGACGACAGCCCCGAGCCCAGCAUCGAGGAGGAGAAGCCCGGUGGGCCGGUGCCAAGUUCAGGGGCCAAAACCGUCCUCCUCAAAGUCCCCGAGGAUGCCGAGAACCCAACAGAAAUUGAGAAGCCCGACACUAGUGCUGAGUCGGACACAGAACAGAAUCCCGAGAGGAAGGCAGAAGAGGAAGGAGCCGAGGAAUCCGAAUUCAAGAUCCAGAUUGUUCCCAGGCAGAGGAAACAGCGCAAGAUUGCUGUCAGUGCCAUCCAGAGAGAGUACCUGGAUAUCUCCUUCAACAUUCUGGACAAGCUGGGAGAACAGAAAGACCCAGAUCCUUCUACUAAAGGACUUUCAACUUUGGAAAUGCCACGAGAAUCCUCAUCUGCCCCCACUUUAGAAGCAGGUGUGCCAGAAACAAGCAGCCAUUCCUCAAUAUCAACUCAGUAUAGGCAGAUGAAAAGGGGAUCCUUGGGAGCUCUGACAAUGAGCCAGUUAAUGAAGCGACAGCUGGAACAUCAGUCUAGCGCCCCCCAUAACAUCAGCAACUGGGACACUGAACAGAUACAGCCCGGGAAACGCCAGUGCAACGUGCCAAUGUGCCUAAACCCUGACCUGGAGGGACAGCCGUUGAGAAUGAGAGGCGCCACUAAAUCCAGCCUGCUGUCCGCACCCAGCAUCGUCAGUAUGUUUGUGCCAGCCCCCGAAGAAUUCACUGACGAGCAGCCGACGGUGAUGACAGACAAAUGCCAUGACUGUGGGGCCAUUCUUGAAGAAUAUGAUGAGGAAACCCUUGGGCUGGCCAUCGUGGUCCUCUCCACAUUCAUUCACUUAAGCCCAGACCUGGCAGCCCCGCUGUUGCUGGAUAUAAUGCAGUCUGUGGGAAGAUUGGCAUCCAGCACGACUUUCUCUAACCAAGCAGAAAGCAUGAUGGUUCCCGGCAACGCCGCGGGGGUGGCCAAGCAGUUCCUGCGCUGCAUCUUCCAUCAGCUGGCCCCCAACGGCAUCUUCCCGCAGCUGUUCCAGAGCACUAUCAAAGAUGGGACUUUUUUACGGACCUUGGCCACGUCUCUGAUGGACUUCAAUGAACUGAGCUCUAUUGCUGCUCUCAGUCAGCUCUUGGAGGGUCUAAAUAACAAAAAGAAUUUACCAGCAGGGGGUGCUAUGAUACGCUGUUUGGAAAACAUUGCUACCUUCAUGGAAGCUUUGCCCAUGGAUUCUCCUAGCAGCCUCUGGACCACAAUCAGCAACCAGUUUCAGACAUUUUUUGCCAAGCUGCCUUGUGUUCUGCCCCUGAAGUGUUCUUUAGAUUCCAGUUUGAGAAUUAUGAUUUGCCUCUUGAAGAUACCCUCUACCAAUGCCACAAGGAGUCUGUUGGAGCCGUUUUCAAAACUGCUCAGCUUUGUAAUUCAGAACGCCGUCUUCACUCUGGCCUACCUGGUGGAGCUGUGUGGUCUGUGUUACCGAGCUUUCACGAAGGAGCGGGAUAAAUUCUACUUGUCUCGUAGUGUUGUUCUGGAACUCCUGCAGGCCCUGAAGCUCAAAUCCCCUUUACCAGAUACAAACCUCCUCCUGCUGGUCCAGUUUAUUUGUGCAGAUGCUGGAACCAAACUAGCUGAGUCAACGAUCCUGAGCAAGCAGAUGAUCGCCUCUGUACCUGGAUGUGGGACGGCGGCGAUGGAGUGCGUGCGACAGUACAUCAGCGAGGUGCUGGACUUCAUGGCCGAUAUGCACACACUCACCAAACUCAAGAGCCACAUGAAGACAUGUUCCCAGCCUCUGCAUGAAGAUACCUUUGGUGGACAUCUCAAAGUUGGGCUGGCUCAGAUCGCAGCCAUGGAAAUCUCACGUGGCAACCACAGAGAUAACAAAGCUGUGAUUCGCUACCUGCCUUGGCUCUAUCACCCCCCUUCUGCAAUGCAACAAGGGCCGAAGGAAUUCAUCGAGUGUGUCUCCCGCAUCCGUCUGCUGUCCUGGCUGCUCCUGGGCUCCCUCACUCAUAAUGCAGUGUGUCCAAACGCCUCCUCUCCGUGCCUGCCCAUACCUCUGGACGCGGGCUCUCAUAUCGCAGACCAUCUUAUUGUUAUCCUGAUUGGAUUUCCAGAGCAAUCAAAGACCUCUGUGCUGCACAUGUGCUCCCUCUUCCACGCGUUUAUCUUUGCUCAGCUCUGGACUGUGUAUUGCGAACAAAGUGCCGUAGCGACAAAUGUCCAAAGUCAGACUGAAUUCAGCUUCACCGCGAUACUGACCGCACUCGAGUUCUGGAGCAGGGUGACACCCAGCAUCCUUCAGCUGAUGGCCCAUAACAAAGUGAUGGUAGAAAUGGUGUGUCUCCAUGUGAUUAGUUUAAUGGAGGCAUUGCAAGAAUGCAAUUCAACAAUUUUUGUCAAGCUGAUACCUAUGUGGUUGCCAAUGAUUCAGUCAAAUAUCAAGCACUUAUCGGCCGGACUCCAGCUUCGCCUCCAGGCCAUUCAGAACAACGUGAACCACCACAGCCUGAGGACGCUGCCCGGCUCAGCCCCGAGCAGCGCCGGCCUGGCGGCCCUCCGCAAGUGGCUGCAGUGUACCCAGUUCAAAAUGGCCCAGGUGGAGAUCCAGUCCUCGGACGCGGCCUCUCAAUUUUAUCCUCUAUGAGCGGACUCCUGGGCUCUCAGUGUCAACACUCUGGUUUAGCAAUAAUGGGUUUCAAAACAAAACAAUUUGAUCCAAGCAGGUUGGGGAACAUAUUGGUACUGUACAUUCUCUUUCUAGUUUAGUAAAAAAAAAAAAAAAAAAAAGACGUGCAAAAGGCCGGAGAGGGCCCAAAACAUGAAGCUUUCUUGCUACACAUCUUUCUGAUGACUCCUUGGGCUAUCUGAUUAAGUGUUUCCUUACAUUAUUUUUUAAAAACCAAAUCAUUUUUCUUUAACUAACUUCUAUUUUUUUUAAGAAAAAAAAAAACAAACAAUAGACUGGUGGGUACUCACAGAAAAGUUGUAUAAGUCCCCCUGUUGCUAUUUUUGAUGAUAGAGAAUAAAUAGGGUUUUUGAAACCUUUGUAGUGUUUUUUCUUAAAAUCCACUCUUGGCAAUGCAAUAAAAAAAAAAAAAACCCGUCACCAUAAGCCAGUGACACCUGACUGAAGCUUUUUGUCAUUAUCCUGGGAAAAGUGGCAGCUUGCAAGGACCAUUACAAAGUGCACUUAGAAAUUAGGUGGUUAAACUGUGCCAAUUGUUUUUCUUUGUUUUAUAAUAUCAUUUUCCAAAACUGUCCAGUAAGUUUUAUUAUUUUUAAAACUAAUUUUUCAACUCAUUCGUUCUAGGCUGUACUUUCUUGUAAGCUUUAUGAGAACCACUUUAGUUUUGUGAAUAAUAAAUUUUAUUCUUUUGUUAAUACUUGUAUACAAUUCAAUUUAAAACUGUAGAUUGCAUACUGGACCAGACGACCCCCCACACUGGCACAGAGCACUGCACCUGGAGUUAUGUUUCAUAAAACGGGAUUUUAAUAGUGUAAGGGCACCAAGACUUAUCAGCACUUCCACUUAGCAUUUGACUGUGCAUUCACAAAUGGUAUUUCUCUUCUCUAUCCCUGUAAUGCACUGACUACAGGAAGACUUACUAUACAUUUAAGCUGUAUAU